AUGGGCAUAAUCAACAGUGCCCAAGAACUCGGUAUCCAUGAGCAUGAUGAUGAUGAUGCUUUUUAUGCUGAACUCGAAAGACGAGUAUUAACAUUGAUAGAUGAUCAUGACUACAAAGAAUUUUCGAGCCACACCCAAAAAUAUUCAAGCUCUUCAUUGAAUACAAAACGGAGAUAUGAAACAGUCAAACACAACAGUAAUUAUUUUUAUUGGAAUGAGGGUGGUUGUGAUUCAGUCCCAGCUUCGAUUUUAAGCUUGUGGGGAAGCAACAACAAAGGAACUGGGGUUUUUAUUCCUCGUAUUGCCAUCUCUAGAAAUAAAAAUAAGCCAAGAAGGAAAAUCAAUAAUAAGGGAAUAGUUUAUAAGCACGAUGGAAGUUGA